AUGAUGGUCUUCGGGAUGAUCUGCAGUGCGCUUGGCCCAUCGAUUCCAUGGCUUGCAGAGAACGCGGAGGUCUCACCCGAGACCCUGGGCUAUUUGCCAGCGGCACAAUCGGUGAUGUGCAUCCUGUCCGGCUUGGCCUCCAGCAUGAUGGCGUUGGUGCCCCGGAAGUAUCACCAUGGCCUUCUAUGCCUGAUGACCCUUUGGCUUGGAGGCUUCUUUACCCUACUCCCCGUGGCCAGCAGUUCCAUCUAUUCCUUGGUGGUGGUCUAUGCAUUUCAAGUUUUGCCACGGCCGUGGAUUGGACAAAUGACCAACCUCCUAGUCUCCCAGCUCUACGAGGUGCCUGCGCGGUCUGGUGACUGA